CUGAAACCAGAUCGGCGAGGGCGGAGCUGCUGGGACUCCGCGUCUGCGGUGGUGGGUCUGAUUCCAUGCAGGCUGAUUACAGAUCCAGGUGCCGACGCGCUUGUUGUCAGGUUUCUCUGGCCCCAAACAGCUGCACGUCCGGAGGCGACGCAUUUACCAAACACUGGAGUAACAUUGCAGAUAACAAUGCCUGUUGGAUGCAAAGAGAGGCCAACUUUUUUUGAAAUUUUUAAAAGACGAUGCAACGAAGCAGAUUUAGGGCCAAUAAGCCUUAACUGGUUUAAAGAACUCUCUUCAGAAGCACAGCCCUAUAAUUUUGAACCUGCGGAAGAAUCUGAAUAUAAAGCCGUCAGUUAUGAACCCAGCCUAUUUAAAACACCACAGAGGAAACCUUAUCAGAUGGUUUCAACUCCAGUAAUAUUCAAAGAACAAAAUCAGCCACUGUGCACAUCUCCUUCAAAAGAAUUAGAUAAAUACAGAUUAAACUUAGGAAAGGAUAUAACCAAUAGUAAACAUAAAAGUUACUGCACAACGAAGACUAAAAUGGAUCAAGCAUGUGAAAUUGCCAGUCCAUCUCUGAAUUCUUAUCUUAGUGAAAGUCCGGUUCUACGAUAUACACAUGGAACACCACAAAGAGAAAAGUCAAUGAUAUGUGGAAGUUUAUUUCAUACACCAAGGUUUAUGAAGGGUCAAACACCAAAACGUAUUUCUGAAAGUCUGGGAGCUGAGGUGGAUUCUGAUAUGUCUUGGUCAAGUUCUUUAGCCACUCCACCGACUCUUAGUUCUACUGUGCUUAUAGAAAGAGAUGAGGAAGCAUCUGCAGCUGUAUACCCUAAUGAUACUACUGCUAUUUUGAAGAGCUGUUUUUUUAACUAUGAUGAAAGUCUACAAAAAAAUGGCAGAUUUGUCCAUUCUGGACUAGAGAAUGAAAGCAAAAAUCUAGGAGAAAGUGAAAGUCAUGGAUUAAGGAAGGUCUUAGAGAAUUCGUUUGUCAAAGGCCAUGAUGAAAAAACACCAAAUGUCUUAGAAGAUGAACUAGAUGAAACAGUUUCAGAUACUUCUGAAGAAGAUAGCUUUUCAUUAUUUGUUCCUAAAUGUAAAAUGAAAAAUCUACAAAAAUUAAAAACUGGCAAGACUAGGAAAAAUAUCUUCAGUGAAACAAAAAACAAUGAAUGUGAAGAAACUGGACAACAAAUGGAAAAAACUAAACUUUCAUUUCUAUCUGAAAUGGAAUCAAAUGACUAUAAUCCACUAGUUUCAAAUGUAACAAGUCAGAAACCCUUUGAGAAUGAGAAUGGCAAAAUCUCUAAGGAAGUUGUACAGUCUUCAGUCUCUGCAUGGUCUCAGCUAACCCUUUCAGGCCUAAAUGAAACCCAGCUGGGUACCUCUGCUUGUGAUAAAAAUAAUUCAGAAAUAGAUCUCAUUGAAACAGAGAAAGACUAUGUCAAUUUAAUUACUUUAGAAAAGUCUUUGCCUCAUAUUUCAAAUGUAUCUAAAAGAGACAACAUAUUAAAUGAAGAAACAGUGGUAAAUACAAGAAAAGAAAGGCUAAGUCUAGAAUCCAUGACUGUGGUAAAGCAGGCAAUGCCUGAAAUUUCUCUAAGAGCUUCUCCAGGUCAGGAUAUUAAAAAUGUAUUCAAGACUAGAGAAUCAUCUGAGGAAACUUUCAGUGCAGCUUCUUCAAAUAAUCUGGCUGAUCCAAAUUUUAAAGAAGAUCCUCAAGCCUCUGAACGAGGAUUAGAAAUACAGACUUGUGACUCACUGAAAGAGGAUUCUCUAUUUUCAUAUUCAGUUGAUAACGAAAGCUCACCAACCGCUAUCAAACACACUUCUGCAGCUUUGAAGAAUUCAGGUUUAAUAUCUACUUUGAAAAAGAAAACAAAAAAGUUUAUUUAUUCUAUAAAUGAUGAAGCAUCUUAUCAAGGAGAAAAAAUUCUGAAAAACCAAGAAACAGAAUUAACUAACUAUUCAGCCUCUUUUGAAACACCACUUACAUUUGUAACUACUAAUUCAGGUUUCUUACAUUCCUCUGUCAAUAAUUCUGAAGAAACAACUUUGUUCUCAGCUAACUCUUUGGGGAUGAAUCUGAGAAAAUGUUCCAGUAAUAAAAGCAAUUUUUCUGGCAAUAAAAUAGUAUCACAGGAUCUUGAUAGUAAAGGAGAAAAAAUUAAGAAGGAAAAACUGCACUCAUAUAUAGCCACAGCAACUGAUGUGUCAAACUUGCAGCAAAGACAUUGUGCAGAUAAUCCAAAAAACAGAGUUUCAGAUGCAGAAGAAAAGGUCCUGCCUUCAGCAAGUCACCCUGCCAUGCCUCAUUCAAAAGUGGAAUAUAAGGAUGAUCACUUUCAGUCCCAAGAGAGACUCUUAUACGAUCAUGGUAGUUUCAGCACUUUAGUGCCUACUGCCAUGGUUCCUCCAUCAAGCCCAGCUGUGAAUUUUAGAGCAAACGAAUCAUAUAAAAUAUCAAAGAAACUACAGAAUAAGGAACGUGAAGCUGGUGUUGAAGUUACCACAAACACUCCCAUGAAAAAGAAUGAAAAAAAAUGUGUUUUAAAUGAAAAUUUUAAAAAGGCAGAACAGUUGCCACCUGAACAAUACAGACCAUUGUCACCGUCUGUUAAGGUACAAGUCACACAAAGUUCGAGUCUCACAUUGAUCCAAAAUGACCAAGAAGAAACUUUAAUUUCAAAUGUAAUUGUCAAUUCAAAUCCAGAAGAACUUUUCCCAGAAAGUGAAAAUAGCUUUCAUAUAACUGGAGAAAGGAGUGUUCCUGUUCUAGAAAAUAUUGAAGAACUUUAUGUGGCAGAUCUCAGUUCUAUAAAAGAACCCAUUUCUGAGAAUGACACCAUGGUAGCAUUUACAGACAUAGUUAACAAACAAGAAGCCAAAGUGUUGAUUACAAAAGAUUUUGAGUCAUCAGAUGUAGUCCAUGAUGUAACAGAAAAGAGAAAUAGUGUAAAGCAGAAGCUAAAUAUGACUACUAGUCAAGAUUCAAAAUUGGACAUCUUCUUAGAUACAAAUGUGAACUCAGAUGGAAGUAGUGAGCACAUGGACAGACAGACAGGACUCUCAAAUGUAAUUUCAAAUCACAGUUUUGGAAAUGGCUUCAGAACAGCUUCUAAUAAAAAAAUAAAACUCUCUGAAAACAACAUUAAGAAAAGUAAAAUGCUCUUUAAAGAUAUAGAAGAACAGUAUCCUCCUAACUUAGCCUGUACUGAAAUUGUGAAUAAUUUAGGUAUUCAAGAGAAACUAAGCAAACCUCAUGGACUUGAUUCACAGUCAACUAAUACUGUAUCUGGGUGUGUACAGAAUGGUAUUUUAGUUUCCACUAGUGAAAAUACUCAUGCAGUUCCUCCAAUUUUAUCAUUAAAGCAAGAUCCUAAUUUAAACCAUAAUUUAACACCUAGCCAAAAGGCAGAAAUAACUGAACUUUCUACUAUAUUAGAAGAAUCAGGGAGUCAGUUUGAAUUUACACAAUUUAGAAAGCCAAGCCACACACAACGAAAUAAUCAGUUUGAAAAGCCUGAAAAACAGAUGACUGUUGUAAAUACAUCUUCUGAGGAAUGGAAGGAUACUGGUCAUCUCACAGUUAAUGCCCCAUCAACCAAUCAGGUAAACAGCAAGAAAUUAGAAAGUGCAGCUGAAGGUAAGCAGAUGUUUCCUUGUUUGUUGAAGACCAGCUAUAAUAAAAGUCCCAAUUCUAAUUAUUCAACCGAUAAGAAUAAAACGGAAUUUAGAGGCUUUUAUUCUGCUCUCGGCACAAAACUGAAUGUUUCUACUACAGCCCUGCAAAAAGCUAUGAAACUGUUCAGUGACAUUGACAAUAUUAGUGAGGAAGCCUCUGCAGAACUAGAUCCAGGCAUCUUAUUUUCAGAUAAAUAUAAAGAUUCUGUUGUCUCAGCAUCUAAGAUAGAAAAUUAUAAUGAUGAAAACUUAAAUAAGCAACUUACUUUCCAAAAUAGCACUGGAAUGACCACAGGCAUAUUUGCUAUAGACAAUACUGACCGUUGCAAAAGAGAUAAAGAAAGUGAAGAUAAUAAACAUACUUGUGCAAGCAGAAAUAUUUGUAAUAUAGGAGAACCUGAUGGCAAUGACUCAAGUACAAAUGAUAGAGUAUAUAUUCAUAAAGGUGAAAAUGACUUACCACAUAGUGACCAGCACAACGCAGUUCUAAAGUUACCUAGCCUGCUUAUGAUGGAGGACAAUACUCAAAUCGAAGGUUUGUCGGACUUAACUUGUUUGGAAGUUGUGAAAGCAGAAGAAACAUUUUGUGUUAAUUCCUCAAAUAAAGAACAGUUAACCAGUAAGAUGGGACAAAACACAAAAGAUCCUGGCAUUUUUCAUUUGUCCUUUCAUACUGCAAGUGGAAAAAAUAUCAGAGUCUCCAAAGAGUCAUUAAGUAAAGUUGUACAUUUCUUUGAUGAAAAAUAUACAGAGGAAGAGUUGAAUAGCUUUUCAGAAAACAUGGAUGCUGAUUUCAUUUCUGACAUAAAUAUGAACAAAACAGACAUUUUAAGUCAUGUGGAAACAGAUAUGGUUAAAGACAAAAUAUUGAUAGGACAUGACCCAAAUAAUACAAAAAAUCACUUGCUGACUUUGCAGCAACAACCAGAAUGUGAAAAGAGGAUGAUUAAUGAGCCUACUAUACUGGGUUUUCAUACAGCUAGUGGAAAAGAAGUGAAAGUUGCAAAAGACUCUUCGGAGAAAGUAAAAAAUCUUUUUGAUGAAAAGAAGAAAGGUAGUACUAGUGAAAUCAGUAAUAUCAAAUGCCCAGCAGCAGCAGCAGUAGGAGAGAGAGAUGACUGUAAAGAAAGGCUUGAAUUAGCAUGUGAGGCAGCUGGAAUAACUGUCACAAAGUAUAAACAUGUACAGAAAUCUCUAGAGGAGAAAAAAGUUAUUUCUCAUGAGAUAAGUGAUAAUUUACAUACACAAGCUGAGAAUCUCAGAACACCAAAUAAUAUCUCUCCAAAAGUUAAACAAUGUGAGACUAUAGAAAUGGACACUGUAAGAAACAAAUCCACUUGUUCAACUAUUGAAAAUUCAACAAUAGCCUUUUAUACAGGACAUGGUAGGAAAAUUUCUGUGACUCAAGUUUCCCUACUGAAAGCAAAAAAAUGGCUUCACGAAGGAGAGUCGAAUGAUGAACCAGAAGAGGAAAAUGCUGUCAACGUUACAUGUUUAAAAGAAUACCCUGAGAAUUAUGUAGGAAACCCUUUAAGUAGAAAUAGUUCAAAGAGUAUCUUAACUGAAAAUCAACUCUCUGAAAAACAAGAUUCAACGUAUUUGAGUAACAGAAAAAUGUAUAACAGAUACUUGUAUCACUCAGAUUUUUGUCAUUCUAAUGAGGCACACAGUAAAUCAGAAUAUCUCUCGGAAAAUGAAAUUGGUAAUUCUGACAUUGAGCCAGUACUAGAGAAUGUUAAAGCCAGGGAAAAUAGUAGUUCUUCUGAAAUAAUCACUGUAAGAGAAGGAAGCACAUACCCACAAACUGUAAAUGAAGAUAUGUGUGUGCUGAAAUUGAAUAGCUCUUCACCAUGCAUAAAUAAAAGUACAGCCAAUCAAUUGACUGUGUCUGAUUUGAAAACUUUUGAGAUAGGACCACCAAGUGGUAAAACAGACUUUGCUGCACAUGAAACAAAAAGAGAGAGAUUGACAGACAGCUGCAGUAAGGUAAUUAAUCAAAACAUUGACAAUAAACCAGGCUCUUACCAAACAAACUUUGUGGCGGAUUAUCAUAAGGCAUUGGGUGAUGUCAAUGAUAUUUCUCCUAAAGAGUGUAGUGUGCAUUCACUUAAAGUUUUUGCUGACAGUCAAGACAAACAAGUUUUACAGCAUAAUCAAAGUAUGCCUGAGCUAGAGAAAGUUCCUGAAAUACCACCUUGUAAGUUUAAUUUGAAAACUUAUAAUAUGUGUAAAUUUAAUAUGGUUAAGUUUUCUAAAUCGGUCUCUUCUACCAAUACUGGUGGGAUUUUUAACACAGCAAGUGGAAAAUCUGUGCAAGUAUCAGAUGCUGCAUUACAAAAGGCAAGAAAGGUAUUUUCUAAACCAGAAGAAGAUGGUGCUGACCAGCUCCUCUCCAAAGAGUCAUUGAAAAAUAGUGAACAUUCAGACAACCUCACAAGAGAUAAAAGUACUGUGGUACAUACUACCCCAAGUUCAAGAUCAUCUACUAUCUGUGGAUUUAGCACAGCAAGUGGAAAAUCUGUACAAGUAUCAGAUGCUGCAUUACAAAAGGCAAGAAAGGUAUUUUCUAAACUAGAAGAAGAUGGUGCUGACCAGCUCCUCUCCAAAGAGUCAUUGAAAAAUAAUGAACAUUCAGACAACCUCACAAGAGAUAAAAGUACUGUGGUACAUACUACCCCAAGUUCAAGAUCAUCUACUAUCUGUGGAUUUAGCACAGCAAGUGGAAAAUCUGUACAAGUAUCAGAUGCUGCAUUACAAAAGGCAAGAAAGGUAUUUUCUAAACUAGAAGAAGAUGGUGCUGACCAGCUCCUCUCCAAAGAGUCAUUGAAAAAUAAUGAACAUUCAGACAACCUCACAAGAGAUAAAAGUACUGUGGUACAUACUACCCCAAGUUCAAGAUCAUCUACUAUCUGUGGAUUUAGCACAGCAAGUGGAAAAUCUGUACAAGUAUCAGAUGCUGCAUUACAAAAGGCAAGAAAGGUAUUUUCUAAACUAGAAGAAGAUAGUGCUGACCAACUCCUCUCCAAAGAGUCAUUGAAAAAUAGUGAACAUUCAGACAACCUCACAAGAGAUAAAAGUACUGUGGUACAUACUACCCCAAAUUCAAAAUCAUCUACUAUCUGUGGAUUUAGCACAGCAAGUGGAAAGCAAGUUUCAAUUUCCAAAAGUGCCUUAAACAAAGUUAAGGGAAUGUUAGAGGAAUUUGAUUUAAUCGGAGCUGAAUGUAGUCUUCGUCAUUCACCUACAUCUGGACAAGAUAUAUUAAAAAUAUCUCUUUCUUGUAAUGAUAAGAGUACCCCAGAACACUCUGUCAACUCUAAAACAGAAAAAGCCUGCAAUAAGGAAUUUAAAUUAUCAAGUAACUGUAACAUUAGAAGUGAUUCUUCAGAAGAUACUCACUUUACUGAUGUUUCUCCAUAUCUCUCUCCAUUUAAACAAGACAAACAGCAAUUGGAAUUAGGAACCACCAUAUCAGUUAUUGAGAAAAAUAGUCAUCCUUUGGAGAAAGAGCAAGCUUUACCUCAAAACACAAAAAUAGAGCUUAGUAAAACUGAAACUUACCUGCCCCAAAAAGCAAAUACAGAAGUUUGUUCUGCUUACUCUAAAGAUCCAGAGAACUAUUUUGAAACAGAGGCAGUGGAGAUUGCCAAAGCUUUUAUGGAAGAUGGUGAGCUGACAGACUCUGAACUGCUAAGUCAUGAUAAACACUCUUCUUUUACUUGCAACGAACACGAAGAAGCAGGUACUCAAAAUUCAGGAUCUGGUAAAAGAAAAAGAGAUGCACUUGUCUCAGUUGGAGAACCCCCAAUCAAAAGAAACUUGUUAAAUGAAUUUGAUAGGAUAAUAGAAAAUGAAAGGAAAUCCUUAAAGGCUUCAAAAAGCACUCCACAGGGCACAAUGCACGAUAGAAGAGUGUUUACACAUCGAGUUUCUUUAGAGCCCGUUACCUGUGGGCCCCAUUGCACACCUAAGGAACGGCAAGAAAAACAGAGUCCAAAUUUCACUGCACCUACUCAAGAAUUUCCAUCUAAAUCUCAUUUUUGUGAGCUUCUGACCGUGGAAAAAUCCUCAAGCAAUUUAGGAAUUUCAGAGCAGCCAUUUCAUAAUGCUCCUGCAAGAAAUGAAAGGAGGCAUUCGAUUACUACAAGCAAACUGAUGAAAGUCUUUGUCCCACCUUUUAAAACUAAAGCUCAUUUUCACAGAACUGAAGAGAGUGAUUUGGAGGAAAACAAAAAUGAACCAAAAAGCACAAAUGAACAUCGAUCUGGUGAUAGUGAAAAUAAUAUUAAUGAAAGUGAAAUUCAUCAGUUGAACAAAAAUGACUCCAGUCAAACAACAACUUUGAUUUUCACAAAGUGUGAAGAGCCAUUAGAUUUAAUUACAGCCCUUGAGAAUGCCAGAGAUAUGCAGGAUAUACGGAUUAAGGAGAAACAAAAGCAGCAUAUUUACCCACAGCCAGGCAGUCUGUAUCUUACAAAAACAUCCACUAUGCCUAGAAUCUCUCUGAAAACAGCUGUAGGAGGCCAAGUUCCCUCUGUGCAUUCCCAUAAACAGCUUUAUAUGUUUGGCAUUUCUAAACAUUGCAUAAAAAUUAACAGCAAAAAUGCAGAGUCUUUUCAGUUUCACAUUCAAGAUUAUUUUGGAAAGGAAUGUUUAUGGGCUGGACAGGGGAUACAGUUGGCUGAUGGAGGGUAUCUUAUACCCUCUAAUGAUGGAAAGGCUGGAAAAGAAGAAUUUUAUAGGGCUCUGUGUGACACUCCUGGUGUGAAUCCAAACCUUAUCUCAAGACUUUGGGUCUAUAACCACUACAGAUGGAUUAUAUGGAAACUGGCAGCUCUGGAAUUUGCAUUUCCUAAGGAGUUUGCUAAUAGAUGCCUGACCCCAGAAAGAGUGCUUCUUCAGCUAAAAUAUAGAUACGAUGUGGAAAUUGAUAAAAGCAGAAGAUCAGCUAUAAGAAAGAUAAUGGAAAGGGAUGACACAGCUGCAAAAACACUUGUUCUCUGUGUUUCCCAAAUAAUUUCAUCAAGCACAAAUAUAUCUGAAACUUCCAGCAGUAAAACUAGUAGCAUAGGUGCAAAAAACGUGACCACUAUUGAACUUACAGAUGGAUGGUAUGCUAUUAAGGCACAGUUAGAUCUUCCACUCUUAGCUCUCAUAAAGAACGGAAGACUGACUGUAGGUCAGAAGAUUAUUGUUCAUGGAGCGGAAUUGGUGGGCUCUCCAGAUGCCUGUACACCUCUUGAAGCCCCAGACUCUCUUAUGUUAAAGAUUUCUGCUAACAGUACUCGGCCUGCUUGCUGGUAUGCCAAACUUGGAUUCUUUCUUGACCCUCGACCUUUUCCUCUCCCCAUGUAUUCACUUUUCAGUGAUGGAGGAAAUGUUGGUUGUGUUGAUGUAAUUAUCCAAAGAGUAUACCCAAUACAGUGGGUGGAGAAAACAUCAUCUGGAUUAUACAUAUUCCGUAGUGAAAGAGAAGAAGAAAAGGAAGCAGCAAAGUUUGCAGAGGCCCAGCAAAAAAAACUAGAAGCAAUAUUCACUAAAAUUCAAGCAGAAUUUGAAGCACAUGAAGAAAAUAUUACAAAACGAUAUAUACCAUCACAUGCACUAACAAGACAGCAAGUCCAUGCCCUGCAAGAUGGUGCCGAGCUUUACGAAGCAGUGAAAAAUGCCCCAGACCCAAGUGAACUUGAGGGUAGUCUCAGUGAAGAGCAGUUCAGAGCCUUGAAUAAUCACAGACAGAUGCUGAAUGAUAAGAAGUAUACACAGAUGCAGUUGGAAUUCAGGAAGGCUAUGGAAUCUGCUGAGCAAGACAAGCAGAUUUUAUCCAGGGAUGUUAAAAUGGUGUGGAAACUGCGUAUCGUGACCUACGGGAAAAAAGAAGAUUCAGUUAUUUUGAGUAUCUGGCAUCCAUUAUCAGAUUUAUAUUCCUCCUUAACUGAAGGGAAGCGAUACAGAAUUUACUAUCUUGCAACAUCACAUUCUAAAAGUAAAUCUGAAAGAGCUAGCGUGCAGUUAACAGCAACAAAAAAGACUCAGUAUCAACAACUGCCGGCUUCGGAUGAAUUCCUAUUCCAAGUUUAUCAGCCAAGAGAGUCCCUUCACUUCAACAAAUUAUUGGAUCCAGAUUUCCAGCCACCUUGUUCUGAGGUAGACCUAGUUGGAUUUGUUGUUUCCAUUGUGAAAAAAAAAGGUCUUGCUCCUUUGAUCUAUUUGUCAGAUGAAUGCCAUAAUUUAUUGGCAAUAAAGUUUUGGAUAGAUCUUAAUGAAGAUAUUAUUAAACCUCAUACAUUAAUUACUGCAAGCAACCUCCAGUGGCGAGCUGAAGCCCCAUCAAGAAUGCCUACUUUACUUGCUGGAGAUUUUUCCAUUUUUUCUGCCAGUCCAAAGGAAGGACACUUUCAAGAGGCUUUCCACAAAAUGAAUACUAUUGAGGAUAUUGAUACAUUUUGCAGUGAAGCAGAAAACAAGCUUAUGUAUAUACUUAAUGCAAAUGAUCUGAAGUGGUCCACACCAACUAAAGACUAUACUUCAGAGAGACACACUACUCAGACUAUCCUUGACACAGGAAAUAAAUUUCUGUUGUCUCCUGCCAACAGUGGCAUGAAUCAUCAAAGCCCCUUACCACUUUGCAAGUCAAAAGGAAAGUCUGUCUCUAUACCUAUGUCAGCUCAAAGGACUCCACAGAAAGAAACUGAUGACCCAAAACACUGCAGAAAGAGAAAAGCCUUGGAUUUCUUAAGUAGACUGCCUUUACCUCCACCUGUUAGCCCUGUUUGUACAUUUGUCUCUCCAGCUGCACAGAAGGCAUUUCAGCCACCACGGAGAUGUGGCACCAAAUAUGAAAUGCCUGUAAGGAAAAAAGAGUCAAAUUCUCUUCAGGUGAAUCCACUUAAAAAUUUAAACAUUUCCCUUUCGGAGAGUGAUUCAAUAGCUGAUGAAGAACUUGCACUGAUAAAUACCCAGGCCCUUUUGUCAGAUUCAGGAGGAGAAAAUCAACUUCUAUCUAUCAGUGAACGCACUAAGACAAUCGCAACUAGUUCAAAAGGUAAUAGACUGAAAAGGCAUUAUACUUCACCUGUGAGCAAAAAGCAAGAGAAUUCUCAAGCCAGUGAGGAAGAACAGAAGACAAGUGUGCAGGACACGAGUAUAAUAAAAAACAUAUCUAAGAAACUGCAAAGGCGAGAGAAACAAAAAUAAGUCAUUGACUGUGGACCGGUUUGUAAAUGAUACUGUCUCAAAUUGCGCAUCUAUACUGGUAUAAUGAGAAAAUAUACUUCUAAAUUUAUCUAUUAUCUUAUAUAUCAGAAGAGUGCUCUUUGUCUUGGCUCUGCAUUGGUUACUUUUACUUCAGUUAUGUCUUAAAAUUGACUGUAUAUUUAUUAACUAAUCAAGAAAAAAAGAAAUACAGGUUGAUGGCUGAAUUUGAUCACAAUUAUUUACAAAUAGAAUGUAAACACUACCUUUUUUAGAUUGUACCCAUUUAAAAAGAAAAACUAAAUGCAGUUAUUUUGACUCAUCA